AACCUCACCUGCCUUCCCAACCCGCAAAUCCGCUCUAUCGGACCUCCCACGCAACCAUGUCUACGCAAGCUGACCUCGACGACCCCCUCUCCAACCUUCGGCGCGCCAUCGCGGCCUCAAAACCACCUAUCCUCACCACCACACCCACCCCCUCCAGCGCCGACGACACUGUCACCGAUCUCUCACUUGCAACACACAUUUCCUUCAACAAUGACUCGCACCCAAAAAUCUUUGAAAUCACGACCCCGACACGCUUCACGCUGAACGACCAACCAGUCGAACUCCGCAGCAUAUACUUCGCUUGGCUGAACAAAGAUGCUUCACUCCCGGACUACAUAUCCGCAGUCCAACGCCUCAAUGAAGAUCUACCAUCUGGAGCAGGCGGGUCAGUGCAGAAUAUCGCAUUCGCGCAGAAGGUGGAUUUGGUGUCUUGGCUGAAUGGGGAGUUGGAGAACAGCGAGUUUAUCGCGCCAUUGGAUGGUGCUGCAGCUGUAGCGGCGGCCGAAAGUAGUGCCGCGAUUGCGAGCGGGAAGGCAGGCGUACCUGUUGCGCAGAUUGGGGCUGGGGCCGGGAAGACGCAGAAGAUGAUGGAUGCGCGGCUGAUGGAGAUAUACCAGGGAGAACGGAAGAUGGGAGAUCAUAAUAGUGUGCUGAGGGGGACAAAGCCUGUUGACUUCUCGCCCUUUCGCAAAACUGCCUCCACCUUCCUCCGCUCCCGCCCCAACCCCUCCACCCCAGUCCCAACAACCCACCCGCACCCCUCACCCCUGGUCUCUAACCUCCAAAAGAAGCCCGCCCGCCGCCUCGAACCCAUCAUCCUCGUCUCCCCAUCCGCAUCCUCCCUCCUACGCAUGUCCAACAUAAAAUCCUUCCUCGACACUGGGGUCUUCAUCCCGCCCAACGCCACCGAAACCACAUCUGCAAACCUCCUCCACUUAAACCGCAUCCUGCCCUCCAUCGACGCCACCCGCCCCCUGCGCUUCAUCCUCGUCGACAGCACCCAAAAUUUCAAGCCCCCGUACUGGGCGCGCGUCGUUGCGAUUUUCACAACUGGGCAAACCUGGCAGUUUAAAUCGUAUAAAUACCCUAAUCCCUCGGAUCUAUUUGUACAUUAUCCGGGUGUGUAUGUGGGAUGGCAGGGCGAGGAACCCCCGGAUAAUGUCCAGGCGUGGGGGAGGGGCGUGUUGAGCGUGAAGGUGGAUAAGUGGACGGGAGGGAGCGCCGGGCGGUGGAGGGAUAGAGAGGUUGUGGAAAUGAUUUGGGGACGGAUUGAAGAGGGGAUGAGGAGGGCGGGGUGGGGAAGGGAUGGGCCGGGUAUGGUGGGGCAGGGCGCUGGGCGGUAG